AUGAUCUUCUUCCGUGCCGGACAUUUCUUCUCCGCCACAAUCAUCUUCGUGGGAGUUGGCAUGCAGAUCAGCAUGCGUUGGAUCAGCAGCUUCUCUCAGCCUCCUUGCAAAGCUGCCAGCGAAGCGUACUUGAGCUUGCUUGUGGGGAUCUUUGGCUUGGUGACUGUGCCGCUCGACGGUUCAUUGGACAUGUGUUUCUUGCUGGUAUCGGUGCUCUUCUCGCUGACAUCGGUGAAGACCGGCGUGUCAAUGUCGGCCGAAAUGUUGGCAGCGGAAGAGGAAGUUCCGUGCAGACAUGACGAGACUGUUCCCGACUUCUACAAGCGCAAGAGUCGCAAGAGCUUCGCGGCCCAGCGUAGCCUGCACGUGGUGCAGCAGCGUCGUGACGACGUGGAAGGCGUGCUACUGCGCUUCCAAAGUGAGGUGCUCGAAGUCUAG